AUGGAUAGUGAGAAGAGCUUGUUGGUUCUAGUCAAUUGCUUUGGUAAAAUAAAAAAAAGUAAUAGGCAUGGUGUUAAGUUCACUGAUAAAGAACCGCUGAGCAUUUUUAUCCGUUUGACUGAUACUUUGUCGGAUCUAAAGAGGAACAUAUUGCAGAAGGCAGGGUUGUGUGGGGCCAAGUUGGUGAAGAAGGUGUUCUACAAGAUUCCGAUGGCGGUUGUGUCAAGUGGUGUGCAGUAUGAAACAUUUGUGAUAGAGUCGGAUGAAGACAUGGAGGUCUUGUUUCAUUGUCGGCGAAAUUUUUCGGUGGUGAGAAUACACGAGUUGUUUGCCAAGUUGGAAGACGGUGUCGACACACUGGCAGGUAGGUCACCUAGUUUGAUUACUAGUCUUGUUGGUAGUGGUGAGGCGGAUCACGUUGAGGACGCGAUGCGGAAAGAUGAUUCACACGAUGAGCCCGAUCACAUAUCGGGGGAUAGUGAGGAGGAGAUUCUGAUGGCCCCACCUGCACCUCAGGGGCCAUCCAGUUCUGGGUCCCACCAACAACCGCCACAGUUUCCGACGCUGAACUUGGAAGCAGUGAGUCAACAACUGGAUGAGGUACACAUUUUUGGAGGCCAAGGAUUACACGAGGACAAUACUUCUGGGAAAUUUCAGAUUGGCCAAUCUUUCCAGACCAAGGAGGAAGCUGUGAUGAGUGUUAAGGAUUAUAGCAUUCAUCGUGGAGUUCAAUAUCAGGUUAUGGAAUCAGAUCAUCUGAAGUAUGUUGGGAGAUGUAAGGAGUUUGGAAACGGCUGCACUUGGACGAUCCGCAUGGCACUUCGUCAGCGUAAGGGUAACCGGGAGGUUAGAAGGUACAACGGAGCUCACACUUACCUGGCCACUUCGAUUUCGAGUGACCACCGACAGCUCGAUUACCACAUAAUUUGUGCGAGGAUCUAUCCGUUGGUUAGGGCGGAUGCAGCGGUUACGAUAAAGGUGUUGCAAGAAGCCACUGAGUCAACCUACGGAUUCAGGCCUAGUUAUAGGAAGGUGUGGAAGGCAAAGCAGAAGGCAGUCGCACAGAUCUACGGGAAUUGGGAAGAGUCGUAUGCCGAGUUGCUCCGGUGGAUCCUUGGGAUGCAAGCAACAAUGGACGGAACCGUUGCUUUGUUGAAGACUUCUCCAGUGCGUGUAAGUGAUGAGGUUGAUGAGUCUACAGAGUACUUUCAUCGUCUUUUCUGGACAUUUUCUCCAUGCAUUGAGGCUUUUAAACAUUGCAAGCCACUAAUCAGCAUUGACGGCAUUCUAGUGAUCUCUGACAGACACAACGGCAUUAACACUGUACUGGAGGCACCAGACAGUGGUUGGCUACCGCCUCAUGCAUAUCGAGCGUAUUGCAUUCGACAAGUUGCAGCUAAUUUUGCUCUCAGUUUCAAGGGCCAUGAUGGAAGGCGGCUGCUCGUGAAUGCAGCGUAUGCCAAGACUGAUGAAGAGUUUGACUACUGGUUUGAUAUUAUGAGAACUGAGAAUCUGGCUAUAUGUGAUUGGGCCAACCGACUGGAGUACGAUAAGUGGACCCAACACCAGAAUGGAGGCAAACGGUUCAGCCACAUGACGACAAACAUAUUCGAGUGUGUUAACUCUGUAUUGAAGGGGACACAGAAUCUGCCGGUCACUGCACUUGUGAAAUCCACAUAUGGGAGGUUAGCAGAGCUUUUUGUCGUCCGAGGGCAGAUAGCAGAGGCGCAGUUGGGAUCAGGCCAACGGUUUUGCCAAGCGCUGGUCAAGGUGAUAGAGUGCAACUUGAAAAAUUCGAGGUGCUUCUUGGUUACUCUGUUCGACAGACAUCAGUCUGAGUAUACCAUGGCUGAGACGAUUCCUACUGGUAACUUUUCACGUGGGACGUAUCGGGUUUCUCUCAAAGAUCGCACUUGUGACUGCAUGUACUUUUAA